UCCACUCUCUCUGGACAGGAUGGAGGCGGUGGCACUUUUCUCUUUCACAGCAACAGAACCGGACGAGAUCAGCUUUCAGAAAGGAGACGUUAUCAAGGUGACAGAGAUGGAGGAUGAUUCUUGCUGGUUCACAGCUGAGAUCCAGGGGAAGCGCGGUUAUGUGCCAGAGAACUACAUUUCCCUCCUUCCUCAUGCGUGGUUUGCAGGAAGCGUGUCGAGGCUUGAGGCUGAGCAGCGUCUCCGUUGGCAGGACACUGGAGUCUUCCUGGUGCGGGAAAGUGAAUCAGCUCCAGGAGAGUUUUCUGUCUCUGUUAGCUACGGUGACCGGGUGGAACAUUUCAGAGUGCUCGAGGGCGGCGGUCAGUACUGCAUCUGGGACGAGUCCUUCUGCUCCCUAAACCGUUUGGUGGAUUUCUACAGGACUCACAGCAUUGCAGUGGAGAAAAUGGUCUGCCUCAGAGACCCUCCGUCAGACACAUCCCCUCGCCUGCUGUCCCGCCGUGGACGUAACCCUUAUCCCAACCCCUAUAUAAGCAGCUCUCAGGAGUCCCUCCCCUCAGCACGCCUCUACUGUCACCCCUCUCACCCGCACAGAGAGUCCUCCCCACGUCUGCAGGAACCAGUUUUGGGGAAACCACGCUUGGCUCAUGCUCUCUGCGACUACACCCCGCCUCAAACAUCCCACCUCCACUUCCUGCGUGGUGACAUCAUCGACCUGCUGGACUGCUCUGGUUCGCUGAGCUGGAGAGGGCGCUGUCACGGACGAGUUGGAGUCUUUCCACCAGACUACGUCCAACCGCUGUACCACUGACACCAUAUCGAACC